AUGAUCCCGACGAGUCCUCCAAGGAGCAGAUCCAGCAGCAUGGAGGAAGACCACUGGGGUCACCCCAUCUGUCAGGCUGGAGACGUCCUCUGUGCAGGAUAUGAGGUUGUUGCUACUUUGGGUGAGGGGACUUUUGGACAAGUUGUGGAAUGCACUGAGCACAAGGAGAGAGGCAGACACGUGGCUGUGAAAAUAGUGAAAGAGGCUGAUGGGGGCUGCGGGGCAGCCCUUGCACAAUUACAAGCCCUGCACUAUUCACAUGCCCUGGACCCCAGCAGCACUGACCGCUGUGUCCAGAUGCUCGACUGGUUCGAGCGCCGUGGCCACGUCUGCUCUGUUGUGGAGCUGCUGGGGCUCAGCACCUUGGACUUUAUCAAAGAGAAUGGCUUCCUGGCCUUCAGGCUGGGCCACAUCAGACAGAUGGCCUAUCAGAUCUGCAAGGCUGUGAACUUUUUGCACAUCAACAAGUUGACACACACAGACCUGAAGCCAGAAAACCUUUUACUGGUGCCAUCUGACUACGCAGUGGAGCACAGCCCCAGCCAGGAGUGUGAGGAGCACAGACCCAAACGUCCAGACGUCAAGGUUGGGGACUUUGGGAGCACCACACAUGAUCAUGAACAUCACAGCAUGGUGGUGACCACAAGACCCUACAGAGCUCCUGAGGCCUAGGCCACCCUGGGAUGGUCACAGCCCUGUGAUGUCUGGAGAAUAGGAUGUAUUCUCCUGGAGUACUGCCUUGGAUCCCCAGGCUUUCUGGCCCGUGGAGACAAAGAACACCUGCCCAUGAUGGAGCGAAUCCUGGGGCCUUUGCCAAGACACAUGAUCAAGACCAGCAGGAAACGCAGGUGUUUCCACCAGGGCCAGCUGGAUUGGGACGAACACAGCUCUGCUGGGAGACACCUCUGGAGCUGUAAGGCCCUGAAGGCAUUCCUGACCAGCAGUGAUGCUGAGCAUGAGAACCUGUUUGACCUGAUGGAAAAGAUGCUCCAGCCCGACCUGGCAGAGCACGUCACCCUGGAAGAGGCCCUGAAACAUCCUUUCUUCUUCCCACUGAGAUGGGAAAAACUGGCGCUGCCUCCUCCAGCAGCUGGCACAGGUGUCAGCCCCCCAGAGAAGU